AUGUCACUGUUACAAAUUUUACUCAUGAGUCUUAUGUUAUUAAUCAUCCAUCAAACCAGCAUUACUUCAUCUUCUCUCGAUCUCACACAAGGAUUCACUCUUGUUUCAUUAAAUAACUCAAACUUUGAUAUUCAAAAACCCUACAAUCUUCCAAUAAAUCAACGUUACAUCUUCACAAAUGGAGUGCACCAAUUUUGGAUAUAUCCGACCGACAAACCUUUCACGAAUGAAACCAAUACUCAACCUCGAACCGAGGUUCGAAUCAGUGGACACGACUAUACAUGUGGUACAUGGCAAUUUGAAGGGUAUGGUUAUAUUCCAAGUGGCACAAGCGGGGUGUGUAUUAUGCAAGUGUUUGGUGGAAGUCCUUAUGCGACAACAACACAACUUAGGAUCUACAAUGGUUCACUUACUUACUAUGAAUCUCCUGUUUUGUCUCAGAAUAUCUAUGACAGAUGGUUCAAGAUGAACGCUAUUCAUGAUGUUGGUGCUAACAAUGUUAGGGUUUAUAUUGACGAGGUUCUUACGUAUGACGGAGUUGGUCGUGGAGUGAACACUCACUACUUUAAAUUUGGGGUUUAUUUGCAAAAUGAUCCUUCUAGCUGCGCAGAAUCUCGUUGGAAGGAUAUUAAAGUUCUAAGAAAAUAG